AUGGGUAUUUACAUGUUUGACAUGGGUUUUGUAAUUUUAUUUUGCAUAAGUGUGCACGUGGAUUUUGUUGAGAAUUGUCUUUCAUACAUGGCUGAACAAUCAGUUGUUGAACCAAAGAUUGGAAUGAUGUUUGCUUCAGUAGAUGAUGAAGGCCACAGGGAAGAAGAUAAAAGAGUCUUGGGCAAUCAUCGAUGGGAAGUUAGAACAGGUUCCUUAGCUAAGAUCAAUGUGGGGUUAAAUAAAGAAACUGGAAAUUACGUUGUAAAGGCUUUGGAGAUGUCACAUAAUCAUGAUCUUGAGCCUCCUGAAACUACUCAUAUGUUGAGGUCAUACAGAAAAAUGAGUGAAGCUCAAGCCUUUGCAAUUAUGUUCGCAAAUGAUUCUGGACUCAAACCAAAAGCAACUUAUGAAUUAACUAGUAGGGAGGCAGGUGGGAGGUUGAAUGUUGGGUAUGUCAUGGAAGAUCAAAAGACAUAUUUAAGAUCAAUAAAAAAAAUGAUGCAUGGAGAGCUUGGGAGUAUUAUGCGUAUAAUGACUGUUGAUUAUAUAGCUUUUGGUGAUGUCGUGGUUUUUGACACUACGUAUGGCAGCAACAAAGAAUUGAGACCUGUGGCUGUUUUCACUGGAUCUAAUCAUCAUAGAGGGAUGGUGAUUUUUGGGGCUGCAUUGCACAUGGGGGCAAGAAGCCUAGGACAAUCUUUACAAAUCAAGAUAUUGCAAUGGCAAAAUGGUUGGCUUGUAUGUGGCGAGAAACAUAUCAUGGAUUAUGCACAUGGCAUUAUGCAAAAUGGGAUCAAGCAUCUGGGUUAUCGAAUGAAGGAUGAUGGUUCCAUGUUACUUAAAGAUUUCAAGAAAUGUAUGUUUGAAUAUUUGGAUGAGGUUGAAUUUGAAAUGCAAUGGAAAAUGAUGCUUCAGGCUCAUGGCUUAGAGGACGACAAUUGGUUGAAGAGGACGUACGACUUGAAGAGAAAAUGGGCUAAAUUAGAUGACAAGCGAUAUAAAGAGUUAGAAGCUGAAUUUAAAGCAAGGCAAAAAAUUCCUCCAUUGGGAUUUUAUGAUUCUCCUUUAUUGCAUCAAGCACUAAAGAGGUAUACCCCUGCAAUUUUUACCAUCUUCCAAAAAGAACUUAGUCUUUCUAUGAGAGUGAUGAUAAAGAAUCAAGCCAAGUGUGAAAACAAAGAUGAAUAUGUUGUAGGAGUUUAUGGGGUGAUGAAUAAGGAGUUUAAGGUGCCUUUUGAUCCCAAUGAUAAAUCAAUAUCUUGUAGUUUCAUGAAGUUUGAAUCAAUGGGAGUUUUAUGUUGUCAUGCCUCGAAGAUUUUGAUUAGACUUUAUAUCAUGAAAAUCUCUGAAAGUUAUAUUAUUAAUCGAUGGACAAGAGAAGUAAAAACUUCGUAUAUUUUGAAUGAAUGGAGACCUACUAUAAGAGAGGAUAAUACUCAAUGGGUUAAGAGAAUUCAGUCUCAAUUAUUGAGGAUGACAUAUCAAGCUUCACUAAAUGAUGAUACAAGAGCUUGUAUGGAGAGGGUGAUUGAAGAAUGA